AUGCCUCUUACCAAGCGUGUGCGGCCGGCCUCGCAUCCCACCGCGGACCCUGUAAACAAACGAACGACUCGAUCGCAGUCUGACAUCCAGGCCUUCGCACGCGUUUCCAAGCCCGGAGCAUCGCCGGCCGACUCUAAGAAGAGGAAAGCUUCAACCCAGGAGGUCGAGGAGGAUGUCGUGACGCCAAAGCUUGCAUCGUGCAAGAAGCUGCGCCGUCCGCGUGCUGCACAGCGACCCAUCUCUGAGGCGCUGACCGAUACACCUACCAAGGGCGCAAGAACACUGCUCGCGGACCUUGACCUCUCUACACCCGUCAAACCGCUCAAGCUCGAAUCAGUCUCCGACUCGACUCCCUCCGUUGUCGAAACGCCUCUGACAAGCCCCUGCUCGUCCAGCGCCCCAAGCUUCCGCGACGAGAAGUCCACCGACGACCUGCCGCAAAAUAUUCAAGAUCUUAUUUCUCUGAAUUCAUCAUUUCUCUCCGCACUAUCCCUACACUACGCGCAUAACGGUACCUCGUCGCCAGUGGACCUCUAUACCCUUGCACCAUCCAUCACCAAGGUCUGGAGGAAGCGCAAGGUCACAGUGGAUGAUGUUAGGCGGACUCUGGGCGUGAUGCAGAGCAGUCUCUCAACUGACCGGCCAGCACCAGCCCUCAAGGCCCGCACAUUCUAUCUAUCCGACUAUGGCCGCGGUAAGAUCUGCCUUGAGCAGCAAGAGAGCAAGAAGCAGCGCGCAAAGCGCACCAACAGCGUGAUGCCACAGCCAAUUGACGAGAAGGCCUUGAAUGCUUUGUUCGAGCGUGAGCUUAACACGCGCUGGGUGGAAUAUCGCUGCAAGAUUUCACCAAACUCGAAGAGUCCGUCAUCCGUGUCAUACUUUAUCAGCCAGCUUCCCCUUGCCGAGAUCACGGAGUGCGCCUCGCUGGCCAAGGUUGCGCCCCUUUUCGCCAAAGGUCAACGGCGUCUUGAGGAUCUCAAGGCCGGCGCCAUGCAUUCUCGGGGAGGUAGCAAUUGCUUCAACGGGUCCGUGGAUCCUGCCAGCUCGGAGCUCGAGCACGCUCGUCCUGCAGCCACCAGACCUCUCUCAAGCAAAGCUAGCAAAGCUGCCAUCUCCAGCCACAAGAAGUCUGCUUCCACAUCCACCGCUGCUAGCUCCAGCACCAUCUCCUCUGCCUCGGAUGACGCCAAGUCUACCCGUUCCUCAUCUUCCACAACGCCUUUAGUUGCUUCAGCCCCAGCACCUUCCCGUGCUACAUCUCUCCUCGACCGCAUUCUCGCUAAGCAAGCUGCCGCCGCAGCCGCACCAGCUGGCCCGACGCCCGAGGCACGCGCCCGCAAAGCAGCACUGCACCGUUGUGAAGAUGUGCUCGCAACACUCAGCUUGUUGGCCACGACGUCUGGCUCGUCGUCUAUGUCUUCCCGCGUCUCAUUCCCCUUCCCGCGACUGGUGCGCGACAUUCAGACCAGCUCUCGUAGCCCUAUCGGGCCCGAAGAAGUCAAGAAAGUCGUUGAGGUCCUGGCUUCUGACAUCGUGCCUGGAUACGUGAGCCUGAUGAAGAUGGGGACGCUGGAGGCAGUCGUGGUGAACAAGAAUCAGGCCGUUGGUAACGCAGAGGUGAGGAGAAGAUUGGUCGCAGCGGGUGCAGAAGAGUUGUAG